CAGGAGAGAAUCACUGUCUCUCUGAUUAUCUCAUCUGAUAGUUCAUGACAAAAGGAUUUAACUCCUUGACCAUACAUUGUAAUUCAGCAGUGCUUCUCACCUGUUUCUACAGAUCCUCAGCUCAGACCAACCCCUAAAGAUGUAUCGUGGAUUAGUGUUACUCUUCUUGGUUUUGGUGCUGGAAACCCGAUGGAGUGAAUCAAGCUGCCAGCAGUCAGAGUCGCAAAGAUCAGUUUCAAACGAGAGUCCAAGUUUUCGAGUGUCGGCUCAUAACUUGCUGAGAAGAUAUAAUGACAUAGAUUAUGACAGUUUCGUCGGAUUAAUGGGACGCAGAAACGCCGAUGAUGGCAUACCUCCUCAACGUAAAAGGGAAAUGCAUGACAUUUUUGUUGGGCUCAUGGGACGACGGAGCUCUGACUCUGAUACUGGGCGUCCGUGGAGGAAAGAGUAUCCAGAAAAAAACGGGGGCAUCUUCUUAAACAAGUGCAAACUGAGGUUUCGGCGUGGUUUAUAGGCAAAGGAAUUUCAUAUUCAUAUCCAGUGAAUCGUCUGCACCACCCUGUCUUUAUAGUUUCUUUUCAAGACAUUUCUUUGAGGCAAAAGCAAGUCAUAAUUUAUUUUACAGAAUCGAUAGAACGAGAGUAAAUAUUUAUAUAAAAGUAAUCAAAUAAACAUGAUUUCCUAUGGUGUGGUUUGUUUCAUUGUAGGCUACUGCAAAUUUUACAUUUACCUAGAUUGUAUAUAAGCAGAUUUAAAUCUCCACUUUCAUUCCCUGCAUUUCAGUAUAUUCAUUUACAAGUUAUUAUUGCUGUCUAAUGUAUAAAACAUGAUUUUUGUAA